UCGAUUCGGCCCAUCGACAAGUCGUGGAUCGAUCCUGAGAUCUUUGCAUACUGGAAAUUUAAAUGCGAGGAAGAACACGGCAUGGUGUGUUACAAGCUUCCUUGGCAGAGUCCGACGGAGGAGAGAAGAGUCCAAGCUUCGUGGCUGAUCGACGUACGCAAAGCAUGUCUUGUGCGGCCACGCGGCGGCGAGACAUACGUUGCAUUGAGCUAUGUUUGGGGCACGGAGCCAUUCUACACAUCGCUCAAGGAAAACAUCACCCUAAACCAAAGACCAGGGGCAUUUGUGAAGGGCAAUCCUGAUAUCAAACCUGCCAUAUCCCCCACGGUGCUGGACGCAAUGAAGAUCGUUCAGCUCCUGGACGAGCGCUACAUCUGGGUGGAUGCACUUUGUAUCGUGCAGGAUGACUGGGACCAAAAGGAGGCCGAGAUCAAUAACAUGGCAGAUAUCUACUCCGACGCUACUCUCACCAUCGUCGCCGCUCAGGGUGCGGGCGCAAUGACCGGAAUGCGCGGGAUCAAAGGGCACACGCAGCCUCGACACGCCGCGGAAGACUGGCUGCGGUGGGAUGUGGAUCUCUGCCUGGCCAGGGCACAGGUGGACCAGACUGAUCCGGCGUACAGACGCGCCGACAUGUGGGGUGGACGAGCCUGGACUUAUCAAGAGGAGAUGCUCUCGCGAAGGAGGCUGGUGUUCACCGAGAACAGCGUGGAGUGGGACUGCAGCGCCGCCAAGUGGCACGAGGACCGCGUCGAGAGCCAACUGCAGUCAGAGGAGUUCACCUCGUACACUUCUAUCGCGCAGAGCACAAUGGGCAACAGGGUCCCAGUCCUCGGAUCUUUUCAGGAUGUCAUGCUUUAUCACUACAACCUGAGACACCUUACCUUUCCAGAGGAUGCCCUCUCCGCAUUCGCCGGCUGCGCUUCGGUCCUGAGCCACAGUUUUAUGGGUGGGUUCGUCUCUGGUCUGCCUGAGGUAUUUUUUGACCUCUCGCUUCUCUGGCAGCCAGACCUGUAUGUCGAAAGACGUGUCGCCAAGAACCCGGGUGGUGCUGCGAUCUGCCUACCCACCUGGAGCUGGGCGAGUUUUCGGGGAAAGCUCCGUCAGUGGAACAGCUCUGGGGGCCGCCGCUUCGUACGCGUGCGGCGUAAUGGGUUGAAGCAGAUGGGAGAUGGCGAAUACGUGACCACACUUGUGCAGUGGAAUUACCGGUCGAGUGUUCAAGGCCCAGACAAGCCGAUUCACCACGUCUGGUCCAAAUGGAGAGACCAAUGUUUCUCUGAUAGUGGUGGCCUCGUUUGUCCCACUGGAUGGUCGCGACAUCCAUUAACACAAGAUAGCUCACAGUCACCUAAAGCUAUGGCAGCGCCAAGCAGCACCGCCACGGCACUCCCUCUUCCAAGGUGCUAUUUUACUCAAGACGAGAGUAGCUCCUUUUACGAGUACUGGUGGCCUAUUCCUUUACCAGACCGAGGCGCACCCCGGGAAUCGCAACGGAAUAUCCAGUUCAUCACCUGCAAGACACGCAGGGCUUGGCUGAGCUCAGGGAAUGCGAUGCGGCGAAAUGAUGCGGCAGCUACGGUGAUCAUAUCUCUACAAACCGAGGGUGGUCUCUGGGCUGGGGCUCUAGAGGUCAUGGAGAUCAACCUGCACGAUGACAUUCGUAGUUUGCUCGGUCAACGGUAUGAAUUGGUGGAAGUUGCACGGGGCUUCAUAUCUGAUUGGGACAAGAGGGACAUGGAUGCUAUGCAUUCGCUCAGCUUCUGGGGGAAAACCACCAUUGAUGAGGAGACACCAGGUGCUGAGGUGUACUAUGUUAUGUGGGUGGUGCGAGAAGGCGGUAUUGCUCGCAGGAGAGGCCUUGGCCGUGUCGAUAAGGCUAUAUGGGUGAGUUUGCAAAGAGAGCCUGUGGAUUUAGUUCUU